AUGGACUUGCCUCAUGUGGACCCGUCCUGCCGCAAGCGCCGCGACGAAAGAUCUUCAUGGGACGUUCCUCGGAACUGCAGGGAUCAGAGUCGGGAUGAAGCGGUCAUGGCGAGCGGACGGUGCGUCGUUGCUUCGCAAAGACACAGCAGAGACAGCAGCGAUCCAGAGGCAACCGUGCCAGAGAGCCACGUGUUUCGAAAUCACCAGACGGCCGGCUACCGGCUAUCCGAUGAGACCACCUCCGCAUGCCUCUGGCGCCCUGAUCAGCGAGAUAUGGUUGAAGAGACACAGCUUGAGACAGCGGACUCGGACUGA